AUGGCCGCCCUCCCGCAGGCCACGCCGCUGCUACUCACCAAGCGCCUCAACGCCUUUCUCCGCGCCCACACGUCACCCUCUCUGCCCACGCUGCUCCUCACCACGCACCACGGCAAGCUCCUCGCGCACGCCUCUUCCUUGCAUCAGCCCGUCGCCGUCCUGCGCACGCACGCCACCGUCGCCGCCUCGCUCCUCGCCAUCCACACCACAACAUCCUCCUCCACCGUUCCGCCGUUGCCGACGGGAGCCUCGCCCUCUUCGUCUUCCACCAGCAGCGUGGUUGACGACGACGACGACGAAGACGACGACGACGAGACGGCGCACGGCUCAGACGAUGACAAUGACGGGCAGCGACCGCUUCCAGCCUCUGCCGCUGCCGCCGCCGCCGCCACUACCGCUACCGCACCCAUCAGACCCGUCACCAUAACCGUGCAGCUCAGCGGCGGCACCGUCAUCAUUCGCCGUCUCAAAUGCGGGCUGCUACUCGUCUGCGUCGGACCGUCAUCUUCGCAGGACGCUACUUCGUCUUCUUCCUCACCAACGCCUGCCGCUGCUGCGACGCCAACGUCCACGAAUGCUUCCGUGGCGGCGGUCACACAGGCGCUAGAAAGCGCGGACCUGCUGAGCGCAACGCCGACGACAGCGACAGCGAUGGCUGGCGAGACGGAGAGCUUGACGAACCCGGGCGAGCAGCAGACAACAGCGACGACGACGACGGCAACGACGGCGAACAAUGAGGGGGGCGUGGCUGUGGGCGCGGCGGCGUCGGCAGCGGCGUCGACGUCGGUCGUGGCGCUGCGCAGACGGGCGGCUGAGCUGGCGCGCUGGCUGGACGAGAAGCUCGGCGCGCUGACGGUGCCAGAGGACAGCACCGGAGCCGAUUAA